GUAACUACGCUGCUCCGCUCGCCACCUGUAGCUGAGCGGGGAGGACGCCGCCUCACGUCCACACUCCUUGGCACGUUAUUAAUAAUUAUUACAGUUUUCUAUCGUGUCCCCGUCUCCUUGGCUCCUCCCCGCACUGGUUAAAUGCCCGCUUGGCGCUUCACAUUGUUGCAGUUGAAGGGAGCCGCGACGGAGCAGCAGUUGGACUCUUUUUACCAUCCUGACAGCUAGCUAACAUCCGAGCGUUUCUUCUUUCGGGCUCCCGCUGCAUCCGAGAAGCCUCCACUAUGAAGACCAUUCUCGCUGCGUACUCUGGCACCCUCAAGGGCACCGGGUCUGGCAUCCUCUCUGCCCUGCAGGACCUGUCCGUGGCUUUUUGGCCCUGCAGAGCCAAGAUGGAAAAACAUUUGCAGCUCAUCUCUGUGCUGCAGUGGGUCAUCACCUUCUUAGUGCUGGGUGCUGCCUGCACUGUGCUACUGAUCUACAUGUUCUGCACUGACUGCUGGCUUAUUUCUGCCAUUUACACCGCCUGGCUCAUCGUUGACUGGAACACCCCGAAACAAGGUGGCAGACGGUCGUCUUGGGUGAGAAACUGGACAGUGUGGACAUAUUUCAGAGACUACUUCCCAAUUAGGCUUAUUAAAACCCACGACCUGCUGCCCAGCCGGAACUACAUCUUUGGCUACCAUCCCCACGGCAUCUUCUGUUUCGGUGCUUUCUGCAACUUUGGGACCGAGGCUACAGGCUUCUCCAAGAAAUUCCCGGGCAUCAAGCCCUCCCUGGCAACCCUGGCAGGAAACUUCCGCUUGCCUGUCCUUCGAGACUACCUGAUGUCUGGAGGUAUCUGUCCAGUGAACCGGAACUCCAUCGACUACCUGCUCUCAUGUAGCGGGACAGGUAAUGCUGUGGUCAUCGUCGUUGGAGGGGCUGCGGAGUCUCUGCAGUGUUCGCCAGGCAAGAACUCUGUCACCCUGAAGAACCGAAAAGGCUUUGUGAGGCUGGCCCUACAGAAAGGGUCUGACCUGGUUCCAGUGUAUUCCUUCGGAGAGAACGAUUCCUACAAGCAGGUGAUCUUCGAGGAGGGAACCUUAUGGAGAUCUGUCCAAAAGAAGUUACAGAAGAUCCUAGGCUUUGCCCCGUGUCUUUUCCACGGGUGUGGCCUCUUCUUCGGCAACUCCUGGGGCAUCGCGCCUUAUUCCAAACCGAUCACCACCAUAGUUGGGGAGCCAAUCACAGUGCCAAAAAUUGAGGAUCCGACUGAGGAGGUAGUGGAAAUGUACCAUGCAAUGUACAUCCGGUCCCUCCAGUGUCUUUUUGACAAGUACAAGACCCGCUUUGGCCUGAAAGAGAGUGAAGUCCUGCACAUCCAUUGAAGGGACAAGGGGGAGCAGGAUUUAAGAGACGUGCCAAUGCUUUUGCUGUCUUUCACUCAUGCAGCCAUGUAAUUCUACCUAAGCUCUUUUAAGAUAUUAUAUGCUUAACGCACAGACAAUGCAAAUGGAAGAUACCACUUCAUUAUUGGGAUAAUAAGCCCAAAGUUUAAUUGAGCCAAAGACCUACGUUGUCCUCGCACAUGCAUGCAUUUCUACUGUAUAAAAGCCAAAGGUGAAAGGAAUUCUACAGGGUGGAUUCAUAUUGUGAUUGCACAGUACAUGUGAUUGUAUAAUGCCAUAAAGUAUUAAUUGUAAAAUGUAGAGCGGAACAAGCCUAUUUUUAGUGCUUGUCCCUCAAUGGAUUUUUCCGAUGCACUUUUUGUAUUUCUAAUUACCUUCUUAGGAUUUUUGUGCCUUUUUUUUUUUUUAUGAAUAUUUCCCAAGACAGUCAUUGUGCUGCUUGGCUUGAUUUCCCUUACUUGUCCCACUGGUGCCCAGGUUUGGAUGGAUGGGUUUUGUCUAUGCAACAGCAACUUCAGUGAUGUAUUGUAUAUUCAAGUGAAGGUUUUGAGCUACGAUUUAAAAAAAGUUAAUAAUAGAUAAAAGUUUUGUGGGUGAAAAUCCUGAAUUGUUUGAUUCCAGUGGAUCUCUUUGUAACCGUGCCACUGGUGGUGAUUGAAAAGGAAAGGAUUACACUGGUCUUAUUACUGGUGUUAUGUUCAAGGGUGUCACUAGUACUUAAAUAAGGGUGAGUAAAGAAUCUAUCCUGGAAAUGAAGUAAGUAAGCUUGUGUCAUGUUGAUGGGCAGUAAAUUAUAAGAUUGUCAUUCGAAGACCAGUUCCCUGUGGUUUCACCAUCGUGCCUUCUCGUAAAGAGCAGUGUAAUCCAUCUGCACGCAAUAAACAGCGAGACCUAUCUACGUGAAGAAUGGCAUUAUCUUGUCUGCCGAUAUUUAAAUUAAACUUUUGUAUGUUUUCAGAAGUA